UUUGCGUCUUAUCUGAUUGGUUGCCAGCGCUCGGUCCCGCCCUGGCGUCCUUACUGCGGGCUGGGAUUGGUGGAGACCGCGGAGCGCCUGGCGUCCUGAAAGCGACCGCUGUGCGGGGCUGGCCGGCCGGCCGGAUGGCAUCUAUGAGAAGGACAUAGGACCAUGGCAGCAGAUGAUGACAGUGGUGAUGGAACGGGUUUGUUUGAUGUCCAUGCUGCCUCUCCUCUUAAAAAUAAUGAUGAAGGCUCAUUGGACAUAUAUGCUGGGUUGGACAGUGCUGUUUCUGACAGCACUGCUAGAUCGUGUGUGUCGUUCAGAAACUGUUUAGACUUGUAUGAAGAGAUCCUGACUGAAGAAGGAACGGCAAAGGAGGCGACAUACAAUGAUUUGCAGGUAGAAUAUGGGAAAUGUCAGCGGCAGAUGAAAGACCUGAUGAAGAGGUUUGAAGAAAUACAGACACAGAACUUGAGCUUAAAAAAUGAAAACCAGUCUCUUAAGAAGAAUAUCUCAGCACUUAUCAAAACUGCCAGAGUGGAGAUAAACCGUAAGGAUGAAGAGAUAAAUCAUCUUCACCAAAGAUUGUCUGAGUUUCCACAUUUUCGAAAUAACCACAAAACUACAAGAACAAAAGAUUCAAGACCCAAAUCUCCCCAUCUGGACGAUUGUGCAAAGACUGAUCACGGAGUUAAAAGUGAUGUUCAUAAAGAUGGACAUCCUAACACUCUACAACCAAAUCUGGAAAAGGAAGGAAAAUCACAUUCUGAAGCUCAGAAUCCUUUGCACCUGCCUUCGGGUAUUGAGAAACAUUGUACCAACAAUGUCUGGUCACGUUCUCAUUGCCAGGUUGGUGAAGGUGACUCAAAUGAGGAUAAUAGAAGAGGAAGGAAUAACAUUAGACACAGCCACUGUAGCAGAGGGACGGGUAGAACACAGAAAGACUUGAGCAACAGCUGCAGUGAUGCUGAACCAAGGGACAGGGAGGCUAAUGCCAGACUGCAGGGCAACCCCGAAAAACGUGGAAGCAGCGAAGCAAAGGCCGAGAGCAAAAGUUCAGAGAUGAAAAGUAGCACUGGCUUGGGACAUAAAAGUGAACGCAGUGGGUCUUCUUGGGAAAAAGAGACUUCCCGAGAAAGGUCACACACUCGAGUGGAAUCUCAAAAUAACAAAAGUGUAGAGAGACAAAAUGAAAGAUUACAAAAUGUGCACAGAAAAGAGCUUCAACCUCAGGAUAAAGCAGAAAGAAAAGGUGACAUGAAGUUUAAGCCAGCAGGAGAGGACCAGGGACACAGAGGAAGAGUAGAACGGGCAUUGCCCCCUCAUUCCAAGAGUGACACAAGAUAUCAUGGCUCCAGUAAGUAUCAUCCAGAAGAGAAAAGGGGAAGAGAAGACUGUAGAAGAGACAGAGGGCUGAGCAGUCAUGGCUUUCAAGAUAGAAGAUGUUCAUCUUCUCUGUCAAGCAACAGAAAUGGCAAAUACCUGCCCUCCAAGGAAGUCGGUGUUGCCCACCAGUGGGAAAACACACCUUUCAAAGCAGAAAGACACAGAACUGAGGACAGAAGGAAAAGAGAACGAGAAAACAAAGAAGAAAGUAGACAUGUGAAAAGUGACAAAAAGUCGCCUACAGAGUAUUUGCAAAGGACUAACAAAGAAGGUAAGAAAAGCACUGCUGAUGUAAAGAGGCAGACUGAGACAAAACAUGAUAAAGGCGCAGUCUCUAACAGUGGGGUUUCUAAAGGAACAGAUAGUAAAGAAUGUGCAAUGAAAGGUGAGAAUGGGCCAAAUGAAGUAAAAAGCAAAGACUUAAAGUUAAGCUUCAUGGAAAAAUUGAACCUAACUCUUUCUCCUGCUAAAAAGCAGCCUGUUUGUCAAGAUAACCAGCAUCAAAUAAUUAGUGUUCCCAAUCCCAGUGGCAUGUGUGACUCACAGUCCUCGGAGAAGACUGAAACGGGGGCACGUCUUCCCUCUGUUGGUGAAUGGAGAACAAAGGAAAGCAAGUCAGAGUUGCCAGAGCUAAAGGAGGCUCUUCCAGCAAUGUCUCAACCCAGCAUCAGCAUUCCGGAAAACAAAAUGAAGCAAGAAAAUAGAAUGUUAGUUAAAUCGGUUGAGAAUACCAUGCCUUGUGAAAUGCGUGUUCGUGGCACAGACAUUUCUUUCCCAGCACCUGCAGAAAUAAAACAACCAAGAUGCUCAUUUCCAUCAGUGGGAGUGGAAGAGCCGCGUGGUGGCACGAGGGCAGCAGUUCCUGUGGUUUCGGAUGUAUUACCAGGGCAUGCUCUUCAAGACUUUGGCCGAGAGCUGGACACCAAAGAACAUGAUUUGAAUUCUUGUGAUAUUUCUGAAGGUGUCAAAACAAAGGUGGUUCUUUCACCAAAUGCAGCUGCGCCCAGUGAGAGCCUUCUGCAACCUGGCAUUUCACUAGUAAACUGUUUGGGAGACAAUAAUCAUAAACCCCAAGCUUCUCCUGAAGAUAGAACUAUGGUUGGGAAUCCAUCUUGUCCUUUGGAGCCUUGUUUACCUGAAGAGACUUUUAUACAUACACCACAGAAGACUGAGCCGAUUGACCACAAGAUAGAAACUGGAGAGUCAAGUUCAGUAUAUCAAGAUGAUGAUAACUCAGUUUUAAGCAUUGACUUUAAUAAUCUCAGACCUAUUCCAGAAGCCAUCAGCCCUCUGAAUAGUCCAGUGAGACCUGUAGCGAGAGUUGUUAGCAUGGAGAGCCCAUGUGCAGUUCCACUGUAUGAUAGCGGUCAUAAAGAUGAGUUUCCGUCCAUUUCAACUCAUUCUGCCUUCAAGACUCAGUCUGAUCUAAAUAAGGAAAACCAAAAGCCAGUUCCCAAAUUUGACAAGUGUUCAGAAGCAGACUCUUGUAAGAAUUUGUCUUUAGAUGAAUUAGAAGAAGGAGAAGUUAGAAGUGAUGAGGAAGAAUCUGUAGCACAGAAACCCUUGGAAAAGAGUGCAAGACCCAGAGCGUCCACUGCAGUGCAGCCGGCUAACAGCAGCCCUGGGAGCAGGGGGAGCACUGUGCAUGUGCACAAGGCCCACAGGAGCACGGCCGUGAGGCUCCCUCAGCACAGCGUUGCACUGAGUAAAAGGCCGAAUGAGUCCAGACCCUCAAGCACCAAAAGGGACAGUAAAACAAUGAGCAUCUCCAGCCUGGAGAAAAUACUUCCACUCAUCCUCACACCCUCCUCUGUGUGGGAGGUGAUGCAUAUGUUACGGAUGCUAGGAAAACAUGUACGGAAAAAUUAUAUGAAAUUCAAGAUAAAAUUUUCAUUGGUACAAUUUCAUAGAAUUAUUGAAUCAGCAAUUUUGAGUUUCACAUCACUAAUUAAAUACCUUGACUUGUCUAAGAUCUGUAAGUCAGUAAGUAUUUUACAGAAAAGUCUUUGUGAAGUUAUAGAAUCUAACCUUAAACAAGUAAAGAAGAAUGGCAUAGUUGACCGUUUAUUUGAACAGCAACAAACAGAUAUGAAAAAAAAAUUGUGGAAGUUUGUAGAUGAACAACUUGAUUAUUUAUUUGAAAAACUUAAAAAAAUCUUAUUCAAGUUUUGUGGUUCUAUAAACACUGGAAAGGACAACAGUGAAGAAAAACUUGGAAAAAAACAUAAAGAGAGAGCCCAACAUUCAAAUUAUCACAAGAGGAAUAUGGACAACAACAAAGAAAUAUGGAGAGAAAAAGUGCUAAAAUCAGAAAAGACUAUGAAUUUUAAGUCUUCACUGGGAUGUGAAAAGUCUGAUGAAAAGCAUCAAGGCCAAACUAACGCCAGCACCAGCGUUGGAAAGCAUGACGUAAGAAGCACCGGGAGCACUUGCACUGACAGCACAAAGGACUCUGAGUGUAAAGAGCGGCUUCUGGAAAUGAGCCGCCCAAGCACGCCCAAGCCAAGAAAGCACGAGGAAAAUACUGUUGAGGAGACAGCCACGGUACCACAAGCAGGCGCUAAGGCAGAGAGGAGCUUUGAGAUCCUCACAGAGCAGCAGGCAUCCAGCCUCACUUUUAACUUAGUGAGCGAUGCACAGAUGGGUGAAAUAUUUAAAAGUUUGCUGCAAGGUUCUGAUCUGUUGGACACCAGUGUUAAUGGUACUGAAAAAGCAGAGUGGGAAGUAAAGACUCCAGAGAAACAGCUGCUAGAGAGUCUCAAGUGUGAAUCUGCACCAGCUUGUACAACGGAAGAGCUAGUUUCAGAGGGGGCUUCUCUUUGCCCAAAAGUGAUCAGUGAUGAUAACUGGUCUUUAUUAUCGUCUGAGAAGGGUCCAUCUAUAUCUUCAGGGCUUUCACUGCCAGUUCAUCCCGAUGUGUUAGAUGAAAAUUGUAUGUUUGAAGUGUCUUCUAACAUUGCUUUAAGUAAAGAUAACGUAUACAGCUCAGAAAAGAGUAAGCCCUGCAUCUCUUCCAUCCUUUUAGAAGACCUCGCGGUCUCUUUAACAGUACCAUCACCUCUGAAGUCGGAUGGCCAUUUGAGUUUCUUAAAGCCUGAAGUUUUGUCGACUGCAACUCCUGAAGAAGUUAUUAGUGCACAUUUUAGUGAAGACGCUCUGCUUGAGGAAGAGGAUGCCUCUGAACAGGACAUCCAUCUAGCUCUGGAAUCUGAUAAUUCAAGCAGUAAAUCAAGUUGUUCAUCAUGGACAAGCCGGUCUGUCACGCCAGGCUUUCAGUACCACCCUAAUCUGCCUAUGCAUGCUGUCAUAAUGGAAAAGUCCAAUGACCAUUUCAUCGUGAAAAUACGGCGUGCAGCACCAUCUACCUCCUCUGGCCUUAAGCAUGGCAUGGUAGCUGAAGAGUCAGCGACAUCUUUGCCCAGAACUGGAAAAGAAGCUGAUGUGUCAACAGAAAAAGAAUCUAUUCCAUUUCAGAGUCCAGUCCUAAAGUCUGUUGAGGACUUGGAAAAUUCUGAGAAGGACGUUGAUAAUAGCAAGCCAACACGUGAAGAACAGAACUCUAUAGUACAAACACAGGUUCCAGAUAUAUAUGAGUUUCUUAAAGAUGCCUCAAGUAAGAUGGGUCAUUGUGAUCAAGUGGUUGAUGAUUGUUUCAAGUUACAUCAAGUAUGGGAGCCAAAAGUUUCUGAGAACCUUCAAGAAUUGCCUUCAGUGGAAAAAAUCCCACACUCUGUUGAUGAUCAUCUUCCUAAUACCCACAUAGAUCUAACAAGAGAUCCAGCUACUGAGACGAAAAGCUUAGGGGAACUCAUGGAAGUAACAGUUUUAAAUAUUGAUCACUUGGAAUGUUCUGGCACCAACUUAGAUCAAGAUGCACAGAUAAUAGGUAGCUCUUUACAGCCUAAUACUGUAGAUACUUUUAUUGAUUUGACACAUGAUGCCUCAAGUGAGAGUAAAGCUGAAGGUGGUGAGCCUGUGUUAGCUGUGGAAGACUUGGAGUGCCAGGUCAUAUGUAUAGAUGAGGAUAACCACAAAGAAGGGAAGACGGGAAGGGCAAAUGGUCCUUCAGAAUGCAUUGUUGAUGAAACUUGUAUUGAUUUGACCCCAGAGUCUCCUGGCUCCUGGGAAAUAGAGAGACAUGCUUUAAAACCAGAGCCACCAUCAAACUUGGAUUGUUCAGAAUUACCUGGAACUCUGGGUAAUCUUCACAAGAAGAGAAAAAACAGUCCUGGUCUGAAUCACUCUUCUCAGAAAAAACAAAGAAAGGACACAGACUUAACUAGUAGUGAAAAGACCAAGAGACUUAGUCAGAAUUCUGAUAGAAAUGGUAAUGCUCACAGAAAGCAAGCCAGCAAGAAGAGGGAACCUACAGUAAGUGACACGUCCUUGUCGUCAGAGGCCAGCCCAGGGGCAAAGGAUUCAGCAGCAGCACUUGCUACUUUUCCAACAAGCCUUUCUGCAAAGAAUGUUAUCAAAAAGAAAGGAGAAAUUAUAAUUUCAUGGACAAGAAAUGAUGACCGGGAAAUUUUACUGGAGUGUCAGAAAAGAAUGCCAUCCCUGAAAACAUUUACAUAUUUAGCUGCCAAGCUGAAUAAAAAUCCUAAUCAGGUUUCAGAGAGGUUCCAGCAGCUGAAGAAGCUCUUUGAGAAGUCAAAAUGCAGGUAGUAGCGGGUCCAGCACAGGAGGCCAAUGCUAUGGGUUGCUGGAUUUCACAGCAUUUCAUUGAAAUUCUUCUCCACUGGAGUUGAUUCCUCGUGUUUUAAAUGAGGACCUACAUGGAAGUUUGCUCUCAGUUUUGAUGACUAGAUGAUCAUCUACCUUUUUUUACUUUCCUGGUCAUGGUGCUUGGUGUAUUCGGAUUGACAGUUGAUUCACUUACUUGUUACUGGUCAGAAUAUUUAUUUUUAAUCAUUACAAGUUAUCAAAAAGAAAGUAAAAGUAACAGGGAUGUAAUACUGAAACCUUAGUUUUGAUAUUGGAUGAAGUAAGUUCUUUAGAUUUAAAAAAAUAAUUUUGUAUCAUUUUAAAUGUAAUGACUAUUUAGUUCACCUUUCUAUCCAUUUUUGGUUUUAUAAUUGCCUCAUUUUGAAAAAUUGUGAAAUAAUUUAAAUAGUAUAUUUGUAUAUAUGUAUAAUUAUUAUGAUGUAAAGUACUAUUAGUGUGUGUCCAUGUGUAUGUAUGCACAUAAAUGGCUUUCCUAGCCACAUGUUUUUUUAUCUGUAUAAAAUAUUUUGUAUAAAUCUUGCUUUCAGUUAUAGUCAUGUAUAAUAAAAACAUGUAAAGUGCUGUUUUAUUUUUAUUAGGAUGCU